AACAGAUUCUUCGUUAAGAAACGAAUUUGUAAACAUUUGGGCUCACGUGUUUCUCAGUAAUUAUAUUUACAAAUGGAUUUUUCAUCAGGUUCAAAGCCGCUGGGUGGCAGUAAUGCUGACGUAGAUCGUCAGUUAGCUGCCGUUAAACAACAACUGGAUUUGGAGUUCAUGACAAGAAAGUUACAGAAAAUCACAGAUAAAUGUUUCCAGAAAUGUAUAACAAAACCUGGCAGCUCAUUAGAUAACUCUCAACAGAAAUGCCUAGCAUAUUGCAUGGAUCGUUACGGAGAUACAGAAAAGCUUGUGACACAGACACUUGUAACAAGAUUACAACAAGAGGGAUGAUAGUGUUCUAGUAUAUGUAUAUAUAUUAUGUUUUAGUGAAUAUAUUACAUUUGUGUGUCAAAAUUAAAGUGAACAGUGAUUAUUAUACCAUUUAAAGGGAAUGCCAGAUUUUGACUGUGUGUAGGUAUUUCUGUCCAAUGGACAGAUCAAACUACAGUGUGUGUGACACUGAGUGGAACAUCGAGUGGUAUAGAUUUGAAGCAGAAUUUUAACAAAUAUAAAUUGGACAGCUAGGAAAAUUUAUGCAACCUUGUACUGCAUAGAUUUUAUACUAGUUUAACAGGUGUUCCCUAAGAACUUUGAAAGAUAGGUUUUAUGAUGUUGCAUCUAGCCGGAGCUGAAGGCCAUCUCUGAGGAUAGAUAGCAGAAAAACUUAAACGAGCCCUAGUGGUAGUGGAAACAAAUAGCGGGUUUGUGAUUCAAUGGAAGUUCUAACUAGUUUCGUUCAUAUGUGAAGCAUCUAUUUCAAAGCUUAAAACACAUUCAUUUUCAGAUUCUUAAUUUCUGUCUUCUAAAUACACAUCAAUACAUACAUUGUAUUUGUUAAAUAUAAUACCGCUUUCAUUUUUUUAUAAUGAUGGUAUUUAAAUGUACAUAAAAACAAACAAAAAAUAAAAUUAUCAAGAUAG